AUGGCAUUAAAAUUAAAAUUAAAACCACCAUCUGCUUCAAAUUCACCACCACCUUCUGAUGAACAACAACCAAAAGUACCUAGAAUUAAAUUUAAAGCACCAACUAAAACUCCUGUAAAAAGAGAAAAUGAAGAACAAUUACAUGAUCAACCAAAAAAGAUUAAAAUAAGUUUAUCUAAAUCAAAUGAAAAUGGCCAACAAAAAAUGACUCCAAGAGUUAGAGUUAAACCAAGUAGAAUACCUGGUGAAGGUUAUGAUUCAGAAGCUCCAGAUUUAGAAGAUGAUCCAUUAAUUGAAGAAGGUAUUAUUAUACGAUUUUUAAAUGAUUCAAAUUUAGAAUUUGUUCAAAAUGCUGUUGAAUCAGGAGAUUUUAAUGGGGUUAAUAUUAAAUGGAUUACAAAAGAUAAAGCUGUAGUUAGUAUAAAUGGUACAUUUUAUUCUGCAAGACUACUAGAUUUACCAACUAUAACUGAAAUUUAUAAAACAAUUGAUAAAAAGAAUAUCUUUAAAACUUUUGAUAUAUGUCAGAUACUUUUAGUUUUACAUACGGUUAAUCCACAACAAUUUGAUAAAACUAAAGAUUUUGAAGUACCUCAAGAAUAUUUAUUUAAUCAUCCUUUUUACAAACAUGUCAAAAAUAAUGAAAUUAAAAAGAGAAAAAUGGUUUAUAGAGAUGGUUUAUUACCUCCUUUUAAAGAUGUUUAUCGAAGGUUUAGACCUACAAGAGCUGAUCAUAGGGUUAUACAAGAUUUAGAAGCUAAAGUUGAUGAAUUGAUUAAAUUAGAUAGUCAAGCGGAAGAAAGUCAUUUUGAAUUAAUAGAUAAAAGAGAACAAAGAUAUAGUAGUACAACUCCAUCAGCAGUUUCAACUCCAUCAAGACCACAAAUUGAAGAAGAAGAAGAAGAGGAAGAAGAAGAACAAGGAUUUGAUGAAAAUAUGGUUGAUGAUAUAGAAUUACAUUUGGAAGAAGAAUUAAAUAAAUUGGAAGAUUCUGAUGGUGAACAAGUAGUUUCAGUACCACAACAAAUAACAUUAAAUGAAGAAGAAAUAAUAGUAGAACCAGAAGAAAGAGAAGAUGAAGAUGAAGAGGAUGAUGAAGAUGAAGAAGAUGAAGAAGAGGAAGAAGAAGAAGGAGAUGGUAAAUCAGGAAAACAACAUGUUAAAUUAUUAGAAGAAGAAAUUGCAGAAUUGGAAAAAGCUGUUGAGCACCAACAUAAAAACUUAUCAACAGCAUUAAGUAAAAUGUUAAAAAUGAAAUUUCAAAAUACUUAUUCGUCAUUAAAAGCUUCAUUAGAUCAAAAAAAGAAAGAAUUACAAAAAAUUAAUGAUGAACAAGAACAAAAUCAAAAAAUUGUUGAACCAUCUAAUGAACCACACCCUGAAUCCAAACCAGAAGAAGAAGAAGGAGAUGAAGAAGACGAGGAAAAAGAAGAUGAUAAUGAUGAAGACAUUGAUGAUAUUGAUGAUUUGUUCUAG